AUGUACCUUCCUACUCUUUGGAACGAGCAAGAUAUCGGUUUAUCAUCAGAUACAUCACCAUCUUCAACAGCAACAAUUCCAUUAUCACCAACCAUGACAGCUCCAAUGGAUUCCCAACCAUUUACCCAUCAGCCGGUUUACUCAGACCCAUCUCUCAAUCUUCUUUACAGUCAUUACCUAUCCAUGGAUACGCCAGCCUGCUCAGUAUCCUGGACACCUCAACCCACUUUUACUUCUAUGCCUUCAGUUCACAUUACACCAGCUCCAUUCAGUGUCCCAUACUUUGCGAAUGAUUAUCAACACCAGGACCUGGAAUAUUCAUAUCCAUACAAUAAUCAGCCUCAACAUCAACCUCAACCUCAACCUCAACACUUACACCAGCAUCAAUACACCCAGCCACCUUCUCCUACACCAUAUUAUCCAGAUGUUUCUUCUUCACUUUCUUCUUUUUAUUAUACCGAGACAUCGCAAGGACCAUCGCCAAUUAUGACCCGAAGCCUUGAUAUUCCAGUCCGAACCCCGCACCCACCAAAGAGUGGCAGUAGUACUCUGGCUAGCCGGUCGACAAAGAAUGGCAAACAAAAGUGCAAUAGUCGAAUUGGAGGCCAUAAGCGUACCAAGACAGCCGAUUCAUUACCGACUAUGCGCUCUACUGAAGUAAGAUGUGCUCAUGCCAAGUACACCUCGUCAAGCAGUGUCGAAGGACGAUCAUCAUCAGCAUCAGCAUCAAUGCCUGCCUCCGCAUCUGGAUCACCAUCAGGAAGAGCAGAACUGAAGAACAAGUCCGUAGAUGGGUUAGAGACUGAAUUGGGAUUCUUGAGAGAUGAGACAGUGUCGAUUGUGAUUGUAUUGGAUUCAUUGAGGAGUGCAUUUUUGGCCAGUACAUCAGAAGAUCCGAUGGUGGAACCAAACAGACCUUUGGCAAUUCUGACAGGCAUCAGCCCAGAAACGCCUGUGGCUGUUCCGAGACCAAUGAUAGAUCCAGGGACAGCAAGGGGGCCUGUGACCGAAAGUUUUCUAGGACGAUCGAAUUACACGCCCGAUAUGGACAAGGAGGUUCAGACAGCAUAUGAUGAGUUGAUGAGCCAGGUCAAGCAAUUGGAAAAAAAGGUUGUGAAGCUAGAAGAGCAGGUCAAGGCAGUUCAUGUUGUGCCCAGUCGAUCGAAGCGGACGCGCAGAGAAAUAGAUGAAGACAAUGAUUAUGCCGAGGGAUCGAAUUCAGCAACAAGAUACGCACAGACAGCAUCAUCAUCACCAGCAGCAUCAGCAUCUUCUGUAUCGGCAUCAGAGUCAACAUCAGCAUCUGUGGCAGCAGUAGGAGGAGCAGUAUCAACAUCAGAAUCGGUAUCAGCAUCACCAUCAAUGUCAAUGUCAUCAAAUUUGGGUACCUGUUCCCCGAUUGGACCUUCAAAUAGCUCAAAGCGACACAAACCACCUUUUGGAAAGAGCGGACUUGGAUCAUCUCAGCAUCGACGUUUUUAA